AGCGGAUGUGCUCAUUACAUUUAGUGAAUAGCAAAUAAAGCCAACUACUAAAAUAUUACAAGAAAGAUAAAUAACACGAAGAGUGGCGAUUGAAUCACAUAAUUUUCAAAGAGCUGUUCAAUAGAAUGGACGUGUUCGGGCUGGCGAAUGGUUGAAAAAAGCGAAAGGCAACAGAACAAGAAUUGAAGCGAAUGCAAUGAGACGCGCCAGUGGGGAUAAAAGUAGUGAUGAUGACGUUGGUAAACGUAAUGACACAUUUCAAUUUGAUAAAUCGGGUGAUAUAGAAGCUGCAGAUGCACAAGCCUAUUUGGAUCAUUUACUGCGCGAUGGUGCGUUAGAGGGAGACAGUGGGGCGCCAAUAGAAAUGCCGCCAUGGUACGAUGAGAACCUAUUCAAAAAAGGCCAAUCGUACAUGAACAAAUAUCGCUUCCUCAUCACCGCCGGCAUGCUUUACGGCCUGGUCGCUGUGCUCGCAAUUCCGUCCAUACUACGUUUACUGCAAUGUACACGCCAGUCAUCCACUUGUGCCACUGCUUUUCGACGCUACGUACGCACAAUUCUGCACACAUACGCCUGGUACGAUUACUCACCAACGGCGGGAGACAAAUCGAAAUUUUGGACUAGCCUACGCGCUGUACGCAAAGCGCAUUCAAAUUCUAGUCGCGCGUGUAACAAACUUGGUGCAGGCCAAAUAACACAAAAGGAUCUUGCGCUAACACAGUUCGGUUUUAUUGGCUUUGCCACUUUGGGUGCGCCACGCGUGCAGCUGUACGAUGAGGAAUAUUUCGAGAGUACGUCACAUAUGUGGCGUGUGCUCGGCUACUUGCUCGGCAUCAAAGAUGAAUACAAUAUUUGUGGGCGCAAUUGGGCUGAGACCAAAUCAAGGCUGGACAUUGUGAUGCGACGUGUAUAUGAGCCGGCCUUAGCGAAUACCAGCGCCGAUUUUGAACAAAUGACGAAGGCAUUAAUCGAUGGUUUGUGGCCAUUGAAUACGACACUCACUACCGGAUCGGUCCUUUUUUUUACCAAACGACUGGCUUGUGUGCGAGGUUAUGAGUACUUUGAAUUUGAUCAUCGUCCCGGUAGCCAGGCUGAUGCGAAGCAAAAGCUCUACUAUUACGAUUUAGGCUGGUAUGAUCGUUUUCUCAUAACGUACGGCCUCUACCUAGUGACCUAUCUGCACAAAUUUGGCAUUGUGCGCUGGUAUCUCAACUUCCGCAUCUGGUUGAAUACACUAAUCUUUUAUUACUUGCCUUACAUAGCAUUCUGGAAAUAUGGCAUAAAACAUUCUUAUGUAAGAAUUUUCACAAACGAUGGCAGAGAGCAGGAUUUCGAGUUCCAUUUGAAAGCAGAUUGAAAAGCAUUACCUGGAUUUGAUCAUUCAAUACAAAUGCUAUGUGCAUUUCAUUCUAUGUUUUGUAUAGAAAUAAUAAAAAAGCAUACAUAUUUAUAUAUA